UAUUUAUACACAUCUUCCUAUUUCUCUCUCUAAAAACUCCUUCUUUCUCUCUCUAAAGUACACAGUACCCUAGAGCCAUUUCUCCUCCUACAAAACCCCUCCACUCUUCACACCACAGCAGUCUCUUCUACCCAAAACCCAUUUCAGACAUCCUUCUUUAUUUUCUCUGUAAUAUAAAUUUUGCUGUUUUAUUUUUAUUUUUUUCUCCAAAAAUCUUCCAUUUUUUCAUUUUUUUUUAAUUUUAUUGUUCAAUCAAAAAUCUGUUCUUUUUAAUCUAUCAAAACUAACCAGAAAAAAAAGUUGGUUAAUUUAUCUUCAGAUAUUCAGUAGAUGCAGAAAAAAUCCAUUCUUUGAAGUUUUUUGUGUUUUUUCUAGAGAGAGAAAGAGUUGAGUUUUUUUAGAGAGAUAAAGUUGCAAGGAACAGAGCAAGAGUUGAAAAAAAUGGCACCAAGUUUUGAUCUUUUGUGUGCAGAGGAUAACUCAAGCAUUUUUGAUGAAGUUGAUGAUAAUUAUUUUGGGGUUGUUGACGAUGAUGUUUUUCAGAUUUCUUACUUGCAUCAACAACAUGGGAAUCUACGAAACUUUGAUAAUAUUAACAUUAAUUAUUAUUAUAAUAACAAUAAUCAUAACCAAGAACACAACUUUGAAGCUUUAUAUUCUGGGUUUUUUGUGGCAAAUCAUGAAUGUUUGGCUUCAUUGCUUGAAAAUGAAAGACAACAUUUUCUGGGUCUUGAUUAUUUGAAGAAAUUAAGAAAUGGAGAUUUGGAUUUGAGUGCUAGAAAUCUGGUUAUUGAUUGGAUUCAAAAGGUUCAAUCCCAUUACAAUUUUGGGCCACUUUGUGUUUAUCUGUCUGUAAACUAUUUGGAUCGCUUCCUUUCGGCUUAUGAAUUACCUAAGGGCAAAGCUUGGAUGAUGCAAUUAAUUGGGGUUGCUUGUUUAUCUCUAGCUGCCAAAGUGGAUGAAACUGAUGUUCCCCUCAUCUUAGAUUUACAAGUUUGUGAUAGCAAGUUUGUAUUUGAAGCAAAAACAAUCCAAAGAAUGGAACUUUUAGUGUUGAGUACUUUGAAGUGGAGAAUGCAAUCAGUGACGCCAUUUUCAUUCAUAGACUAUUUUCUAUAUAAAUUGAGUGGAGAUAAAAUGCCACCAAAAAGUCUAAUUUUUCAAGCCAUCCAACUCAUCCUAAGCACAAUCAAAGGGAUUGACUUGAUGGAAUUCAGACCUUCAGAAAUUGCAGCAGCAGUGGCAAUUUCUGUAACACAGCAAAACCAAAUUGUUGAAUGUACUGAUAAAGCAUUCUCUUUUCUUACUGAUCAUUUAGAAAAGGAGAGAUUAAUGAAGUGUGUUGAAAUGAUGCAAGAAAUGAGAAUGAACAAUAGAUCAAUUGGUGCAACAUCAGUGCCACAAAGUCCAAUAGGGGUGCUUGAUGCUUCAGCAUGCUUAAGCUAUAAGAGUGAUGAUGCAUCAACAUCUGCUGGAUCUUGUGCUAAUUCUGCUCAUAGUAGCCCUGCUUCUGCUCCACCACCCAAGAGAAGGAAGCUAGACAGGACAUCUUAAUUACAACUUUUAGAUGAAAAAAUUGAAAAAAAAAAGUUUUUAUAUAUUUAUUUUUUUUCUUUUUUGGGUGUGUUUAUGAUAAUACAUUUAGUACAAAGAAAAUAGACAAAAAAAAAAAAGAGGGAGGAGAAAUUGUUUGGGAAAUUUUUAGUAUAAGUGAGUUUUAAUAAAAAUUUUGAACAAAUAAAA